AUGCCAGAAGACAUCGUCUACGCGAUCCAUGAUUUCGUGGCCGAGAAUGAAGACGAGAUCACCUUCCAUAUUGGUGACACUAUCACAGUACUAGAGAAGGAUGACAAGUACAUGGAUGGCUGGUGGCAGGGUCGUAAUCCUCAAGGGCGUGUCGGCCUUUUCCCAAUGAAUUACACAUCCACCAUGAAGCCUUCUUCAAGUUCGACAACGGAUUCUUCUCCACCAACAAGUAAUUCAAGUCGACCUACGUCUAGCAGCAAUGUUACGCCUGAUGAAUGUCAUGAAGACACCAAACUCAAUGUUGCUUCCGAUGCGUUACCACCACCUCCACCACCACCAGCACCGACAACAUCGACAUCAUUUCAUCCUCCUCGACCCAAACCAAGUGAAUCGACACCUACUACCAAACCUGAAGUGUGGUCAGUGGACCAAGUAGCUGAUUGGCUUAGAUCUGUUGGUCUCGACAACGUUGCUGGACAAUUUGUUGAACAAGAGAUCUCGGGUGAUAUCCUCAUGGAGCUCAAUGGUGAUGCUUUGAAAGAACUUGGAAUCACUGCAUAUGGACGACGCUAUAAAAUCAUGCAUGCCAUUGACGCAUUAAAAGCCAAUCAUCAGCAUCAUCAGCCUCCUACUAUGACACCUGCAACAACGGCGCCGGUAUCGCCAACAGCAGCAACAGCAGCGGAAGGCACCGAUGGCAUGUAUCAAUUCCCACGCAAAGCACCCAUGCCACCACAUGAUUCGUUUUUGACAGUCUCGCCAACGUCAAGUUCAUCCAUGAGCCGAUCCAACACUUUUCGAACGGUUUCCUCCAAAGUAUCGAGUUCUUCUUCUUCCAAUGGCGGUAACGUCACCAGCACCACAACCAGCAUCGACAAAGCGAGUCAACCCAAAUCGAGCUUUGAGAAUAACAUCAUCCUAUCCGAUCCAUUCGCACCUGCAGCUGGUAUGCAGGAAACGACGACGACUCCUAUUCAUCCAAUGGAUUAUGGUAUUGGAAGGAAAUUAUCGGUUGCACAGUCUGUACGUCCGGCUGAGCCGAGUGCAUUGUCACGUGCAUCCGCCGAUGCAUUCAAGGCACCUGAUUAUGAAGGCUGGCUCCACAAGCAAGGUGACAAGUACAAGACUUGGAACAAGCGAUGGUUUGUUUUAAAAGGGCCCAAUCUCUUUUACUUUAAGAGUCCAAAGGAUACUCGUAUGCGGGGUAUUAUUCAUUUACGUGGGUACAAGAUUGUCCCUGAUGAAUCGAUUCAUGCCGGCAAAUACAGCUUCAAGGCACAGCAUGAGCGUGAGCGCACAUUUUACUUUUAUACCGAUACCAAGGAAUCGCUUCGAAUGUGGAUUAAACUUCUCAUGAAGGCUACCAUCAUCCGUGAUUUUGCAUCUCCUGUCAUGUCCUCCAAUCAUGUGGCCACGGUACCUUUGGAUGUGGCUCGUCAACUUCGACCACGACCGCCUUCCAUGUUACUGAGCAAAGCACAGCAACAACAGCAACAACAACAACAUUAUCAUCAUGAACAGCGAUCCCAUCAUCCAUUGUCGUUACCACCCUCUGCACCCUUACCAGCAACCCCCUCCAUGAUCAUGGAAUCUCAUCAUCACUAUCCUUCCAAUGAACUGCCCAUGGUGAUGGAAACCGUAUUGAGUGAUGACGAUGAAGAUUUGAUUGAUCCCCUUCAACAUCGCAUGAGCCAUCGUCAAGGCAAAUGGGAAUCGGCAGAUGACUAUAUUCACUGGGUCAACGAGCAUAUUGUUCCACCCAUUCAUGAUUUAUCAGAUGCUUUCCGAAAUGGAGAGGCGUUGAUUCUAUUACUGGAAGCACUUGGACGCAAGACAGUACGAAGGCCGCAAGUACAACCAGGAACAUCAGCCAACAUGAUUGCCUUGGAUAAUAUCGUAGCCGCUUUCAAGUUUAUGGGCCGAGAAGGUGUCGUUGUGGAUGGCAAAUACACCAUCAAAGAUGUGUUUGCAGGCGAUGAAGAUAAAAUCAUGGAUAUGCUCGAUGCCAUCAUUGACUGGUCAGAAAAGAAUGGAUUCAAAUCCACAGCUGUUGCAUAG